UCAAGUAAAAGAGAGAGAAGAAAAAAAAGAACCAACCUUUUUCGCCUUUCUUUCUUCUUGGCGAGUCUUCGACCUUGGUCGGAAAACAAAAAAAUCUCAUAAUCGCUUCUCCGCAACCGCAUUAUCGGCUCUAAUGGGCGACUCCGAGACCUUAGCGGCGUUGAAGAGAGCCUACGCGGAUACGAUACUCAACACGACGAAGGAGGCGGCGGCGCGUGUGUUGUCUUCUGAGAAGAAGACGCGCAUGUAUCAGCAAGAGAUUGUGACGGUUAAAGACGAAGCUAUUACUACGCUGCUUAGGCUUAAACAGAUGUAUGAUUCAAAGGUGAAGGAGACAGAAGAGAUGUCCUUGAAGCAGCAACAAAAGGUUGAGGAACUUGAAGCUCAGCUUGGAGAAGCUGAAGAUAUUGUAGGGGAGCUGAGGAUGGAACUUCGAGCACUUCAUGAUGAGCUCAACAAAGUUACCAAUGGUAACACAUCAUAUCUUAAAGGUGACCAGGAAGUCUCUUGUCGAAAAGCAAGUGAUGCAGCAGUUUCUAGCAGUCAUGAGCGAUCAGGAGCUGUCCCAGUUGAACAAAGUGGUUCGGUGGUGGCUUACGGGAUCACAAACCAAUCUUUGGCUCGCAUAAAUAGUAUCAAACGGUGUUCUUCUAAAGAUAGCAUGGAUCGAUGUCACCACACUCUUCCGUCUAUAUUGACAAAGCGCAGGGAGGUUGAAGGAUGUACACAGAUGAUUCACGCAGUAGAUAAGAAGAAUAUGGCCAAUGGAGAUGGAAAAGACCCAAUGGUGUCUCAAAACACAUCUCCGAAGGAACAUGAACAGAACAGAAGGACUGUGAUUAGCGCAACAGAGGCAAGGAAGGAAGAAAAAGAGAUUUUGGCAUCUUCUAUGUGUGAAGAAACUCCAGUUUUGGCUGCUGCUAGUAAGAACCGGUGUAUCAAGUACACAUUCAAGAGGAAGAGAAAGAAGGAGGCUUCAAGCAAUCUUGAAGGAGAUUCAUCCUUUGAGGAGAGCAGAAACGUGAAACAGAAGACUGGGGAGAAAGACGAUGGUUAUUUGGAAUCUCUGAAGCCUAGCUUCACCGGUGAAUCAUCUAGGGAUAGUCUCUGCGUAGCACAGGUGGCUCGGCAGCUUGUACCAUUCUCGAAGAAGAAUAGUUUUGCAGCAGAACUAGUCAACCAGUAGGAUGAUUCAAGUGCAGUAUAUCUGAUCUGUCCAUGGUUGAUCAAAAGAAUGCCAGCUUUAGCGUUACUAGUAAAGUAUUAUUGCUCUAAUAUAUAUAUAAAAUGUUACUUUUGAUUGUGAGUCAAAUUAAAGUUUUAUGUGAUAACUGAUAAGGAUAGAUGGGAAGUCUGAAUUCUUACGCCUGGAUUGGUCAAAGAGGUAUCAUUGUAUGAUAUCUCAAAACCAUUUUUAUGUUUUACUUAUACGUGAAUAAUAAUAUCUAACGAAGAAGUCUUUAUCCCUCA